CAGAGUAAAUGCAUAAACUGCAGAGCUUCUCUGUGGCCAAACUGGCUACAGUUUUUAUCAGACUGUCCGUGAGAUUGAAGAGCUCUGGAGGAAGACCUUCAGCUCCACUGGGCUCCAGGAUUCUGACCGAUCCUGAUGACAUCUUUAAGCACAACAUGUGGGAUCAUGUUCGGUGGACAGAGGAGGACGAAGAAAACGCACGACAGAAGGCAGAAGAAAAUUCCAGUGAACAGCAUCCUUUAAAGGACCAAGGCAAAUUUGACACAGAAGCUUGUCAGUACUGGGACAAGUUUUACGAGGUGCACCAGGACAAGUUCUUCAAAGAUCGCAGGUGGUUGUUUUUAGAAUUCCCAGAGCUGCUUCCUUCAGGUGACCGAGCCUCAAACUUGUGUCAGGGUCGUCAGCAUGAAGCAGCAGUUCCACAACAAAGUCCAUCCAGCACCGACACAGAGACCGAACACAACGAUCACCACGACAGAAACACGUCUCACCGUCAGGAGUUCUGUCGAGAAGCAGCACAAGAAACAAAUGAAGCUGCCACACAGACUUCUACGUUUCCUGGACAGCAUGCGUCUUUCAGGAUCUUGGAAGUCGGAUGUGGAGUUGGUAACAGUGUGUUUCCCAUCGUGAAUGAAAUCAAAGAGACCGACUCAUUUUUAUACUGUUGUGACUUUUCCCCGCGUGCCGUUCAGCUGGUGAAGGACCACCCAGACUACGAUGACUCUGUGUGUCACGCCUUUGUCCAUGACAUUUGUGAGGAGAUGGCCUCCUUUCCCUUUCCGGCUCAGAGCCUGGACGUUAUUCUGGCAGUCUUUGUGCUCUCCUCCAUUCAUCCAGAGCGAAUGCAAGGAGUUGUGAACCGACUAUCUUCAUACCUGAAACACGGAGGGAUUUUCCUUUUCCGUGAUUAUGGAAGAUACGACCUCUCGCAACUCAGGUUUAAGAAGGGACGUUGCUUAUCAGAGAAUUUCUACACACGUGGAGAUGGAACCUGUGUUUAUUUUUUCACAAAAGAAGAGGUCCAUGAUUUAUUUUCCAAAGCUGGACUGGAAGAAAUUCAGAAUCUGGAGGACAAACGACUACAAGUGAACCGAGGAAAGAAAGUUGUAAUGCGGCGGGUGUGGAUGCAGAGCAAGUACAGAAAAUCAUGUCCAAGUUCAUCGUCUUGACACCCCGUCAAGUCCAGCUUAAUUUUAGGCCUUUUUCCCUUUUUUUUUUUUUUUUACAUGUGGUAUGUGAACAGCAACAAACUCUAUGCAAUAAACUGUUGAAUCAUAUUGUCAA